AUGGCCCCGCCCCCUCUCCUCUUCUCGGCUGCAGACUACUCGGUCUUCGCUCUGCUCUUGGCUGCCUCUCUGGCCGUGGGGGUGUACUGCGCCCUCUCUGGGGGGAGGCAGAGGACCACAGGGGAGUUCCUGAUGGCCGACCGGAGCAUGGGCUGUGUGCCCGUGUCACUGUCGCUGCUCGCCUCCUUCCAGUCGGCCGUGGCGGUGGUCGGCGUCCCGGCCGAGGUGUUCCUGAACGGGACUCAGUAUUGGUUCAUAGGCUGCGCCUACGUGCUCGGGCUGCUGGGCCCCGCCCACCUUUUCGUACCUUUGCUAUACCGUCUGAAGCUGAGGAGCGCACAAGAGUACCUGCAGCUGCGCUUCAGUAAAACAGUCCGAGUCUGUGGCACCGUGGUCUUCAUCCUCCAGACCGUGGUGUACAUGGGAGUGUGUGUCUACACUCCUGCAUUUGCUCUAAACACUGUCUCUGGGAUAAACCUCUGGACCAUUGUACUGUCUACUGGACUGGUCUGCACUGUGUACACAGCACUGGGUGGUUUGAAGGCUGUGAUCUGGACAGAUGAGGCGUGCAGGAGGUGUGGAGGAGAGCCUGGGAAGGAGGUCGCAUCUCUGGACUGGAGCUGGACCCAGACCCCACAUUGCGACACUCCUUCUGGUCUCUGGCUCUAG